UGCUGGGAGGGGCCUCUCGGUCCAUUGGUUGAGCAGAAGAGAUCAUUAGUUAGGGGAUUGAGUUUACAAGCACUGGGGGGAAAAAGUACAGUUCACGUGCUGCACAGCACACCCGGUUUUCAGGGCGAGAUUUAAAAAAAGGAGUGUUGUCUACAGACAGUAUUUGAGUGAACGGUAUAAGGUGAAAGAUUGGUGAAGAGGGAGGACUGACUGACUUUAAAUAUUCGGUUGCUCUGUUCUGAAUAACAGUUUCUUCUUGGAGAGUGGAGUUAGAGAGGUAGGCAGGAAUUCUUGGAAACGUGGUGCUCUGCAGCUCUGGAAAUUUGAGAUUUGAUACAGAGAACCGAGUAACACCCCUCACACUCCUCCUUCAAGAUCCCCCUUUACCCUCCACAUUCCAUCUCUCUCUUUCUCCUUCUCUUCCUCUCCCUGUCAGCUGUCCCGCUCAAUCCCCCUCUCCUGACGUCCUGCCUGACACCCGCUCUGCUCGACAUGGAGAACUCCACGGCUGUGGCCUUUAACGAGACCCCGGACCAAGCGAAACCAGAAGCCAUGACACAACUCAUGCCAACCAAUUACGAUGUGGACGAUGGAUACUUGGAUGCCAUACUAGGCGCUGUCAUUGCUGCUGUGGUCCUGGUGUUGGUAUGCCUGGCGGUUGUAGUAAUUCGCUAUAUGUACCGGCACAAGGGCACCUACCACACCAACGAGGCCAAGGGCACUGAGUUUGCCGAAACAGCGGAUGCGGCGCUCCGGAGCGACCCGUCUCUGCAGGAUGCCAUGGACGAGAGCAAGAAGGAGUACUUUAUCUGAGCAGUGGCGUCCCCUGCUGUUUACAUGGGACUUUAGGCUAUGGACCCUAGGUAUUUUGGGGUUGGAGAAUAGAAAGUCUGGAGACUGGAUGAAAAUGACCUUGCUGUACUUAAGUGAAUAGUGCCCUUUCAGUUAAAGAUGAUAUGCUUAUACAGCUAAAAGCCUAUUUUCCUGAUGAGACUGGCUAAAUGUCUCUUUUCCUGAUGAGACUGGCUAAAGGUCUUUUUUCCUGAUGAGACUGGCACUUGAUGAGACUCUGAUCAGUGACUGAAUAGACAACAAUUUACCAAAGAUGCAUCUUAAUAACAAUAAUAUUAAUUCAGUAUUCUUCCCCCCUACCAGUUUUCCUCUUUAAUAUAUAUUGCCAUAUCACCAAACAGAUAGAUACAAAACAUUGACUUUGCUAUUAGGAGGCUAAAUUUGAAGAGUUGAUUUCCAAAAUGUUAUAUCCACCAAUUUUUCACAUUUGUGUUUUUUCAUCAGAAAUGAUUGCUUAUACAUGUGUGUAAAAUAUUACUGUUCUCAGACUUUUUAUUCAUUGAUUUUAGAUGUGUAUAAAACUGUGUUUCUUUUUGCUAAAUGCUAUCAAUUGUUUAGCUACAAUGGAAUGUUCAUAUCCUGUUUAUUUGACUGUGAUAUGUGGUUGUGUCACCUAGCUAUCUUGAGGUUAAUGCACUUACUGUAAGUUGCUCUGCAUAAGAGACUCUGCUAAAUUACUUAAAUGUCAAAUGUAAACAUAUGGAAUUGUUUUAAGAUGUCAUACCAUGGAUCAUUUAUCUAUUGGAUUUACAUUUUUAGGAUCCCUGUAGGUAUCCCCCCAAAAAUAUGUUAAAAAAAUAUAUGAUACAGUAUUGAAUUUGAUCUUUACUACUACAGCCCAUGGAGACUCAUUAAAUAACAUCAUCAUCAAUUGCAAAAAAGACAGUCAUAAUUUAUUUUUUAAGGAAUAAGGUUUUGAAGAGUCUGUCCUGAAUCUAGGAGAUAUAAGAAAGCUCGGGAAAUAUUUUAGUUUUUUGGACACGUAUUUACCCCUUUUAUUUGUAUGUUGGCACAAAACUACCUCCAUACUUCCAUUAUUUUUUUAACCAGUACCUGGUGACCUUCAGACGAGUCCCAUGGCACUUGUGUCCAUAGUUUGUAGCCAAAAUGGUUUGGACGCUACAGACAGAAGUUGGCAUAUUGGCGGUACCAACUUCAGAUGAGUCCCAUGUGGGUCAUAGAGGAGAACAUCAUCGUGUUCGUGAGAGUCUCAUCUUUACAUAUUUCUAUUUGGUUAUAUUAGUUAGUAGGCCAAACCUUCGGACACUACAAACGUUUUCAUGAGAAGAGCGAUUUUUGGGACGUGUCCUGGUCUGACAAACAGCGCCGUAGCUCUGCCACUUUCCAGUGCAGAUGCGAAAGGCCGACAGAUAGAUAGAUACAGUGGAUUGAGACGCAGCCGAAAUCUAGCUGACUGAUUUUGAUUUUCUUAUGUUAAUUAGACUGAUGCACAGGUGUGUGAAUAGACUAUAAAUAUUGUUUCAAAUGUA